AAUGAUGGAGGAGGAGGAGGUGGAAGAGAAGGAGAAGGAAGAGGAAGAGGAGGAGGAGGAGGAGGAGGAGGAAAUAGAAGUAGAGAUACCCAUGACCUCACCCCAACCACCACUUUCAACACCACCACCACCACCACCGUCAACACCACCGUCAAGCCGCCUCUACUGGUGUCCUUCGGCAACCCCCUCCUUGACCUGACAGCUGUGGUCAAGGACGCCACUCUGCACAGGUGUUUCGGGUUACCUGUGGACGGCCAGCUGGAGGUCAACUCAUCCCAGCGACCUGUUUUUUCGCACGUCAUGAAGGAGUAUCCCGUGGAGUACACAGCAGGCGGGUGUGCUCUCAACUCCUCAAGGGUGUUCUGCUGGGUGCUGGGCGAGGGGCAACGGGUGGUGUUCGUCGGGGGCAUCGGGGAGGACCAGGCCGCCACGAGACUGUCCAAGAUUGUGGAGGAGAGCGGGGUCAUUACCAGGUUUGUCAAGGUGCCGGGUCAGCCUACCGGGAGAUCGAAGUACGCCCAGCGGAACCACAAAACCCUCGUCUUCAACCUCUGCGGAAGUUACGUCUGCGAGAACAACUCAGAGGAACUGCGACAACUUCUACCUUUCGUGGACAUUCUGUUUGGGUUCGUAGAAGAGUACCGGACCCUAGACAGUGCCCUGGACGUCGAGGAACUGAGUGCCAAGGAGUGCUGGGACCCUGAGAGUAUAUGCCAUGACCUGUUGUUAGUUUUGAAGGCUAUUAGGGGGGAGGCGAACGUCAUUGAGGAUUGCGUUAGGGAGAAAAAGGAGGGGAAGGAAGUUGCAGAGAAGAUCAACACCUCCUCGGAUGUUUGUGUUCCCUCCUCCACCUCCUCCUCCUCCUCCUCCUCCUCCGACACUGUCAACACCACUGCACCACCACACCACCACCACAAUUACCACAAUGACACCACCUCUCUCUGUGAUGGUGAUGAAAAUGACGCACUUGUGGAUGGCGCUGAGACCUCGCCAGUCAACCACUCACCCACGCACUCACCCAGCCAGUCAGUCAGUCAGGGGGUUAGUCAAUCAUCCAGUCAGUCAACCGGGGAUCUACCAAACGGCACACUACCACACAUGUCAAACGGGAACCACUUCAACAGCCACACACCUACGAAAUCAACCACAAACGACACACACACACACGCACACAGGGUCAAACAGCGGGUCGUAGUCGUCACAAAGGGCCCCAGUCCGCUGCUGUACUGCCACAGGGGGAGAGUCAGGGAGAGACCAGUGCCCCCUAUAACCCCUGAGGAGAUUGUCGAUACCACAGGGGCAGGGGACUCCUUCGUGGGGGGCUUCCUGGCGGCACUGAGUCAGAAGAGGGAGCUUGCGGAGUGCUUGGACUGUGGGGUAUGGACAGCCCAGCACCUCUUGCGACAGAAGGGCUGCACUCUACCUCCUUACCCUGCGGAGUUUUUGGCCUAGACGUGUGGCGUGGGCUGCGUGGUUGUCCCCUGCUGUGUGUGUGUGUGUGUGUGUGUGUGUGUGUGUGUGUGUGUGUGUGUGUGUGUGUGUGUGUGUGUGUGUGUGUGUGUGUGUGUGUGGUUGAUCCCUCCUCCCCCCCUCCCUCCCCCUGUUUUUUUUUUUUUUUUUUUUUGGAUUUAUUUAUUUAUUUUUUGCGUCCCUUUUAUUUUCAAGCCCUUUUUGUCUUGCCCUUUUUAUUCUGUGCCUUUAAUUUUUGCCCUUUUUUCUGUCUAUCUGCCCUUAUUUUUUUUUUUUUUUUUUUCCCACUUUGGCCCCUUCAGACCUUCCCCUUCAAUAUGCCCCCUUCUGUAUGCCCCUUCCUUAUGCCCUUCAUCUUCCCCCUUCAGCCCUUCCCCUUCAGUAUGCCCCUUCAAUAUGCCCCUUCAAUAUGCCCCCUUCAAUAUGCCCCUUCAGUCCUUCCCCUUCACUAUGCCCCCUUCAGUCCUUCCCCUUCACUAUGCCCCCUUCAAUAUGCCCCUUCAGUCCUUCCCCCUUCACUAUGCCCCAUCACAGGAUCAGGACAAGUCAGUUAGUUCAAAAUACCAAUAACAUAUUAUUAUUAUUAUUAUUAUUAUUAUUAUUAUUAUUAUUAUUAUUAUUAUUAUUAUUAUUUUAUUUAUUUAUGAAGUUAAAGAUCAGUGGCAUCCCUCCACCUUCCCCUCCUGUGUGUGUGUAUGUGUGUGUGUGU